ACCGUAAGAGGCUACAGAGAGUAGUGCGUACGGCCCAGUACAUCACUGGGGCCAAGCUUCCUGUCACCAAGGACCUGUGUCAGAGGAAGGCCCAAAAAAUUGUCAAAGACUCCAGUCCCCCAAGUCAUAGACUGUUCUCUCUGCUACCGCACGGCAAGCGGUACCGGAGCACCAAGUCUAUGAUCAAAAGGCUCCUUAACAGCUUCUACCCCCAAGCCAUAAGACUGCUGAACAAUUAAUCAAAUGGUCUCCCGACUAUUUACAUUGACAAGUUUCAGUAUGAUAAUACACAACCCCAUAUCACAAGGCUCUGUACACAAUUCCUGGAAGUUGAAAAUGUCCUAGUUGUUCCAUGGCCUGCAUACUCACCAGACAUGUCACCCAUUGAGCAUGCAAAUGGUGGUCACACUUGAUACUGGCUGGUUUUCUGAUCCAUGCCUCUACUUUUUUUAAGGUGACUGAUUUCCUUAUAUGAACUGUAAUUCAGGAAAAUCUGUAAAAUAGUUGCAUGUUGCGUUUAUAUUUUUGUUUUUGUUUGAACUUGCAGGUUAUUGCGAAUACAAUGACAUAAGAACCCACUAGGCUGUUAUGUUGUUGUUUCCACAUAAUUUCAACGAAAAUAAAUAAAUGUGAUGAUGUUGAAUCAACAUGGAAAACGGAUUGAAUUUGCAAAAAGUCAUCAACGGAGGGAAUUUAGUCUAUUUUUCACCCAACUUUUAUCCUAAAACCAAUAACAUACUGAUUUUUUUGGUUGAUUUCACGUUGAAUUCACAUUAGUUGACAGCGUUGGGCCAGUAACCGAAAGGUUGCUAGAUCGAGUCCCCUAGCUGACAAGGUAAAAAUCUGUCGUUCUGCUCCUGAACAAGGCAGUUAACCCACUGUUCCUAGGCCGUCAUUGUAAAUAAGAAUUUGUUCUUAAUUGACUUGCCUAGUUAAAUAAAGCUAAAAAAAAUAAAAAUAUAUACUUUUUUAAAAAGUCAACCAAAUGUCAUUCAAAACUAGACGUUGAAAUGAUGUCUGUGCCAAGUGGGUAAAGUUACUCCUCCCCCCAAAAAUAUGCACUUCUUUAGGAGUUUCUGCGGAAUUUCUUCCUUUCUGUCUACAUACCACAUUGUGAAACUGGGUAACUUACUGAGAAAUGCAACAGAACAAUACAGACAGAGAAACAGAAAGUAAGUUGCCAGACCACACAAGUUCAUGUCUCCAUCUUGUUGAUUUCCUCCUGAAAACAGACGCUUUUAUUCAUACUAUAGAUGUUGUCUGACUUACUGGACUGUAUGUACCAGACAGUAUACCCUAGUAGUCAACUACUGAGAAUAACAAAUCCAAGCAUUGGUAGGGUCUCUUAAUCCAUGUCCGGACAGGUUGACAAGGUGCCUUCUUUAUUCUGCCUUUUAAAAUACUUGAAUAACGGGAAGGAAGAGAUGAGUCAUGUGGGAUUAACCAACCGGUUUAAACAGUGUGUCCAGUAUACCAUGUUGUCAAAUGUACCUUGAGUCAGUGGUGUAAUUUCAGCUAACCCACAUCAUUUUUCUAAAGUUAUUUACUGGAUUUCUACACAAUUUAAAACCAUUCGUAGAACACCUUGGCUGCUGUAGCUUCAUUCACCUCAGCUGACAAGGGACAUACAUUUUGACGACAACAAUUCAUACAGCACGUCAUACAGCAAUUUGUUUCUAUGCACUGGGAUUAAAAACUGUAGUUUCGUUUCAUAUCAAGUCAAACAGGAGUUACGUAGUCAUCUACAGACAUCUUCCACCUCUGCAUUUUUUAGAGCUGUUCACUGCAGCGAGGCAAACAGCCUCCCCUUCCACUCUGAGCUGCCCGCAUGGUCUUAAAACCAGCCCGCUAAAUGUUAAGUUUCAAUAUUGCAUGCAAAAGUAUAGUGAAAUGCCUUUCUUGCAAACCUAAUUUCCUUUUAAUCGGGAUUGGAAUGAUUUUUGUAGCCUAUUUUAAAUUGUUGGUGUUGAGCUAGGGUAUGUUGUCUGCUGUACUCUGCCAUACCCAAUUGACACCCCUGCCUCAAGUUCGACCUUUAGCCUGGAAUUGAUUGGCUACUUAUUGCCGUACUUUCGAAAUCAAUAGUCUCUUUAACAUGAAUCUGAUAUCACAGUCAAAUUACUUUCAUCCAGUCACAUUUACACAAGCUGUAUGUUGGACCAGUCAGUCAGAAAGUGGAUUGGAAAGUUCCUAAACAGGCCUUUGUUUACAUCAGAGCUAAUAACUACUUUUUUUACAAUGCCAUCACUGAAAAUACAAGAGAGGUACUUCCAUAUAUAGAGUAAUCUCCAUCAAAUCAACUUUGUGUGUUCUUCAGAUCCCUCCUCCUGUUUUCAUUGCACUGGGCCAAAACAUUUUACAGGAGUGACUCAUGGCCUGCUUUGCUUUUGGGACUGGUUAGCAACGGAACGGCCUAGCCUAUUUUUGGCCUCCGCAUCCUUCUGAUUUACUUUUCAUUAGCACACGAGCUCAUAAAAUGUGCAGAGUAACGUUUCAAAGGCACCCUAAUGCUGCUGUGCAGGGCAAUAUUUAGCCUACCCCCAAAGAUUCCCAAGAAGAGCCACUUCUUUAUGAGAAUGUUUUCUGCUGAGCAGUGUUCUUGGUUUCUGCCACAGAUUAUGAAAAUUGAGAAUAGAGUUUCCAAACAGGAAAUUAGGAGAGAUAAUGGGUUGAUUUAGCAGCACAAAUAGGGGAAUCCUAGCUUUGAGCAAUGACUGCGGUAGUGCUAGUCUUUACAUCCUGAUUACAGUUCCUUUACCUCUUUACAAUCUUUGAAAAAAGGGUUCCAAAAGGGUUAUUUGGCUGCCCCCAUAGGAGCACCCUUUUUGGAUCAAGGUAGAACGAACCCUUUUCGGUUCCAUGUAGAAUCCUCUGUGGAAAGUUUUCUACAUGGAACCCAAAAGGUUAUACCUGGAACCAAAAAAGGUUAUUCAAAGGGUUCUCCUGUGGGGACAGACAAAGAACACUUUUCUAAGAGUGUACGAUUCAGUCCUCACCCCUCACUGUGAAGUACGACAGUAUAUAGCCUACAGACAGGUAAUUGGGUGUAGCGUAUCCCAAUAAACUCCACAUUAAAACAAAGCCUGGAGCAAACAGAAUAAAUCUCACAUUCUUAUUGCAAAAUGAGGAUUACUGUGAUCAUGAAACACAUAUACUCACAUGGCCACAGCCAGCGUAUUCAUGGUUCCGUGUGAGGUUAACAAAAUAAUACAUAUUUCCAAUAGGGGACACUUUUUGGUGUCAGUCAGACAGUCAGAGCACCUAUUUGGUUUAAAAUAACAUAUUUCAGUGUGUAUUUUCCCUCUUUCUCUACUCAUCUCUCUCUGUGAAUUACAGUACAAGGGUCAAAUUGUGUAUGUUGUGGGAUGUGACAGUCUCUUACCAGUGAGUGCAUGUUGUUUGCCACAGGCAUGGAUGAGGUCCAUUCUCCUCACGAACAGGGUCACAUGAUCUCUCACAGAUUUCUACAAAGCAGUCACACAUCAGUGCAUCUCUCUCUGCUUCACCUGUUUCCCUGCUCUGUCCACACCCUGAGCAUACAGGACCCACACACACACGCACACACACACACACACACACACACACACACACACACACACACACACACACACACACACACACACACACACACACACACACACACACACACACACACACACACACACACACACACACACACACACACACACACCCACGCAUGCACACACACUUUCAUUUCCUCUUUCCAAUUAGAGUUAGUGAGGUAGCGCUGAAAUGGGUGAGGUGUUUUGGUUAAUUUUAGGUUUAUAACACUUAUAAUUAUGUGCAUUAAUGUUGUGUUAAAGCGUUCAAACACUAAAGUCAGCAGCUCUUUAGAAUAUGAAUUUGAAAACAUCAAGUUACAAACUGCAGACAAAUCCAAUUAAUUAUGAGCAGUGGGAUUCUCAGGGGAGCUCUCUGUCCUCUCUCUUUUUUUCCUCUCUCGCUCUCUCUCUGACAUCACUGGGAACUUGUGUGUAUAAAGUAACCACAAGAAUGCAGCGUGUCAGGCAAGGGAACGUGAAUACAGACAGAGGGCCCUUUCUUACACAGGGUGUGCAGGGCAGAGAGAAGGGACGCUGCACUGAGAGAGUGACACACACGGGCAGAGAGAGGUAAAGAGAUACAGGCACAAAGAGCACAGUUCAAUACAUACAAGGUAUGGGGCAACAUUGAGAGCUUAGAGAAUAUCAACAAAAAGCAGCAGCCGAUAUUAAAGAGGAUUUACAAGAAAGAGGAGAGGGAAAAACAGCUUUACUGGCCCGGACUUCGAAAACCUUUUGCCGAAAAUGUCCUCAUUCCAUCACUUCUCCCAGAGGAGAAUGGAUUAAAAUAGAGAGGAGACUCCAGAGGACGUGAGGUAGGAUCCCAAAUCCCAAAAGAGGAAACAAACAAACUACACAAACAGGCAGACUUCAUAGACCUUCCCAUCAAGGCAAGGAGAGAUUGGAAUCAUUACAGCAACUGAAGGAUUACAAAGGAAAACCCCCCCUCUCUCAUAAACAAUUGAUCUUUGGACUUCAAAGUUUCAUAAAAAAAUGCGUUGGUCUUCAAACCCCCAGAUAAGGCGGUUAAGGAAGGAGGGGAGGAUAAAGAGAUUCUCCCUGCAUCAAUGAUUUUUCUAGUCUGUCCCAUCCUCCCUUUCCUUCAUCAGAUAUUCAUUGUGACUGGGAUGUCCUACUAUAUCAGCUGAAAUCUUCAAUGUCAUGAGUUCACCAGGAAACUGAAACCAGCACUAGAUCAGGGUCAAAUCACCACAAGAACAAUCCCCUGAUAACAGCUACACCCUUGCUGACUACUUCAAUCAGAACGUGUUCACUAUUGUAAUUGGUUUCUUCUUCAAUAGAUUACCCUCAAGAGGAGUUGUUCAGACACUGUCAGUGAACGAUGAAGGAAGACAUCUUGGAUUUUUUCAGUGACUUGUGGAAGGUGGCCACCACUAAGCAUGACCAGGGGAUCUAUAACACAGUCUGCCUGGUGGUGCUGCUAGCCCUGCCUAUGGUGGUGCUCUUCACUUCUCUGGUGGUGUGCUGCCACUGCUGCUGCUGUCGCCGGGCCAACUCCGCUGGUUGCUGUGCAGACAGCCCCAGCUCAGCCACAGCAAAAUCAGACAAAAAUAAGAAGAUUCCGAAAGAUGAGGACUUGUGGAUCUCGGUCAAAACAGGACCUAUGACACCAGACAGGGUUGCCCUGACGAUGGUGUAAGGUUCAGAUAAGGUUUUAUCCUUUUGUAUUCACAUGAAGCUCUUAUUUUACUGCAAGGUACAGGUGCAUGAUGCCGAGCACUGGUGUUCAAUAUGCUCGACAGAAACGGUUGAAAGACAGUAAAAGAACCAACGAUACGUCAUUGAUUGUGUGUGUGUGUGUGUGUGUGUGUGUGUGUGUGUGUGUGUGUGUGUGUGUGUGUGUGUGUGUGUGUGUGUGUGUGUGUGUGUGUGUGUGUGUGUGUGUGUGUGUGUGUGUGUGUGUGUGUGUGUGUGUUGGUUCUUCUAUCCAUGUCGGGACCUAAAAUCCCCAAAAGUCUCCAAAACGAUAGUAAAACAAGUCAAAUUCCCAUGUCCUCAUGAGGACAAAGACUAUCGGGUUAGAGUUAGGGUUAGAAUUAGGUUUAGGGUUAGAAUUUGGGUUAGGGUAAGGGAUUAGGUUUAAGAGUAAGGUUUAGGGUUUGGGUUAGGGUUAUAGGUUAAGGUUAGGGAAAAUAGGAUUUUGAAUGGAAAUCAAAUUUUAGGUCCCCACAAGGAUAGAAGAACAAAACGUCUGUCUGUGUGCGUGUGUGCGUGUGUGCGUGUGUGCGUGUGUGCAUGUGUGCGUGUGUGCUUGCAUACGUGGGUGUGUGCGUGUGCAUGAGCAAAUGGGUGUAUGUGCAUGGGAGAGUGAUAGAUGGCACAUAGCGUAUGUGUUAGUGUGCACUUCUGUGUGAAAUUCACUGUCUUCACAUUUGGGGACUAUUUAUAUUUCCAAUGCUGGAAGCCAGCAAUCUAGUAUUGUGAUUCAGUUAGAAGACAAUUUUUAAUAGGUUAGACCAUUUUAAGUUCAAAGCACUUGCAGUUAUUGCACUUACAACAGAAAUUUGUGUAACUACUUUGAAAUAUUUUGCUGUAUUUGCUAUACCCACUGAAUGGAGAUCUUAAGUCCAUUUAUGAGUUAAGUAUCAAACGCAGAAUUUAAUAGAACCAAGUGAAGCACUGAGAUCUUUCAAUUACAUUGCUCAAUGUAUACGUUUCUUUCCCCGUAGAGUAUCCUACAUACAGCAGCUAGUAUUGUUGAUGAAAAAAUGUAUCUAACAGUUCCGUGUUUUACGCUGCCUUAUGCUCAGAUUGAUGACACAGAUUCAUGUUUACUGUCUUGCACUGUCCCAAUUGGUUCAUAAUAUCAUUAUGCAUGGACACCAGGCUCUCAGAUUUAUGGGGCGCUGAGUGGAUCCUUCUUAUAUCCUCCUCCCUCAGUGCCAAUGUAGCCCUCUGACUUAAAAUAAUAGUUAUUCUAUCUCAAAACUGUGAUUCUUAAAAAAUGUGUCCGAAGAUUUGGUCAACUUCCGUCAGAUGUUUAAAAUCCUAUAUUCAUCAGGAAUGAGCAGGGUCAGCUAUACCAUAAGGACCCCUUAUUCAUGUCCUCAUUACAUGUAGUGUAGCAAUACCACUCAUGGUCUGUAAAGUUCUCUACUUUUGAUAGAUGUAAACAAACAAUAUUGAAAUCACAAUGGUCACAACCAUAAACGGUCAAGAAAAAGGCAAUUUUUGUCAAUUCCAUUAAACUCCGUCAGAUUUGUGUCUGACGUCAAGUCCAUCAGAGUGCUGUAAGAUCUGAGAAUUGUUGUGUUUUUAUUGGGGAUUUUCAAAUUAAUAAUUUUCUAUAUUUUACAAAUGUUUGUAUUUUUGAAACAAAAGUAGAUAUUGUUCCAUCUUUCAAGAAUCUCUGAAUCGAUUUCCAAUUUACAAAUCCGGUGACAAAUCAGUUUUAUUUGUUAUGUAUUCAUGAUCCUUAUUUUGAGCUUAAAGACUUCUGCAUUAGUUAUUCAUCUAUAAAAAGUCUGAGGGUGAAAAAAUACUUUUCCUUUGCAAAGUUUUUCUUUUCAAUUCACAGGAUCGGGGUGGGGGGAUUUGCCCUUUGUUUAAACAGUAAAUCUGCCAUAGACGAUAGUUUCACAUUCUAUCACUGAAGCUGUGAUCUGUCCCAAUUAUGCAUGAGAACAUACUGUAUAUUCUGGCUGUUUGUUAUUACACAAGAAAAAGCUGAGGCAAUCAUUCAAGUUAUGAGCUCAGGCCACAGUGGAUACCGCAUGCAUAAUUUAUCCUAUCAUUUGAUUUUACAUAACAGCUAUAUGGAGAAAAGGGAGACAAAAAAUAAAGUAUUUUUUAUGCAUUGUUAA